AUGAAUAGCUUAUGGGAUGAGCUUGAUUCCUUGAACACAUUCUCAGCAUGUGUUUGUGAAUGUGAAUGUGGAGCUAAGGUGAAGAAUUUGAAGGCACAUCAAGAUGAAAGGUUGCUGCAGUUUUUGAUGGGUUUGAAUGACAUAUUCAUAGGUGUUAGGAGCGAUAUAUUAUUUUCUUCACCCUUACCUUCCAUUGGACAGACUUAUUCACUGGUGAUACAGGAUGAGAAGCAGAAGGAGAUUCAUACUGCUCCUGCAUAUCCAGGAGAAUCAGGAUCUUUCCUUGCUACAAACCAGCAGGGAAAUGGAAGAAGGUUCAAUGAAAAUCAGGAACAGAAGGGAGGUUUUGAUCCUAGAAAGAAUGUUGGAAUAUGUACUUACUGCAAAAAACCUGGGCAUACUAUUGAUAAAUGCUAUAGGAUUCAUGGAGUUCCUGCAGAUUUUAAGUUUACUAAGCAAAGGAAGUUUCAAGAGAAUGUACAGGCAAAUGAUGUGUUUAACACAAAUGAAGAGGGAAUCCAAGGAAACAUGAAUGUACUAGGAACACAGUCACUUACCCAGGAAAAUGUGACACAAUUAUUGCAGCUUCUACAACAGGUCAACAUAGGACAGCAAGGUGCAGAAACCUCUGAAGCCUCUGUGAAUUUGAGUUGUGCUGGAAUAGCCAAAAUUUUCAAUUCCUUUGCCUGUUUCAUUCAAAUUGAUAGUGAAUCAUGGAUAUUAGAUAGUGGAGAAACUGAGCAUAUGACCUUUAACAUAAAUUUCUUUGUUAACUAUAAAGCCUUGCCUAAACCUGUCAUGGACCCUUCACUGAAGAGCCCUUUGGAGAUUGGUAAGGAGACAGAAAGACUCUUCAUUCUCAAGUCAAGACCUGCAGGCCCAGUUUUUAAAAGUUUCCCUAAGUCUAGUACUUCUGUACCUAGGCAGAGUUUACAUUCUGUUCUAGUUUUUAAUUCUUGUUUUGCUUUUUCUGAUUCCAAUGUAAAAGGAAAGCUAUGGCAUUAUAGGUUAGGCCAUAUGCCUUUGAGUACUAUGAAGAAAAUUUCUGAUAUUUCUGUUCCUUCAUGCUUUACUCAUUCUACUCCUUGUCUUAUUUGUCAUAUGGCUAGACAAUCAAGCUUCCUUUUCCUUCAAGUUCUAUAUCAACCAAAAAGAUCUUUGAACUAA